AUGGCAUGCGCCUCAGAUAGUGACAAUUUCUUUGGUCCCCGUGUCAGCCCCGAGUGUCGUCCAUUCGAUUUCACCCUGCUUUUUGAGGAUAGUCUCUUUGGGCUGCUUCCAGCUGCACUCUUCCUUGUUCUGGUUCCCCAGCGCCUGCAAGUCCUUCGUAAUUCUCAAGUCAAGUUGCACUCUUUUCGGUUGGCAGUUGUAAAGCUGAUACUGCUGGGUGUACUGUUCGUUCUACAUAUUCUGUACACGGCUUUGCGUGUCGAAGACCCGGAUCUCCAUACCCGCGCAGGACUUGCCUCGGGAAUUGUGAAUAUUAUUGCGACUGGGGCGGCAAUUUUGCUCUCAUUUUUCGAGGAUCAGCGCUCGGUAAAGCCAUCCGAUCUCUUAGUAGUCUACUACUCAACAGAAGUACUGCUCUCACUACCCCAGCUCCGCUCGUUGUGGCAGAUUCCUACAGCCAGUGUAGCUUGUCGAACAUUAUGGACCAUCAUUCUCAUUUUCAAUGUCGGAGUACUCAUUUCCGAGUCCACACAUAAAUUCCGGUUCUUGCGGCCGAUGUAUCAGAAACCAACUAAAGAAGGGGUUUUGGGAUUCUGGGGUCAGAGCUUCUUCAUUUGGGUGCUCCCGGUUCUUCAGAAUGGAUACUCAAAAGUGCUGGGAAUUGACGACAUCCCAGAAAUGGAUGCCGAUCAACGAGCACAAUCAACUCAGGAACAGCUAGAGAAGGCUUGGGGAGCUAGGAGUAGUAAUCAUCGGCUGCUCCUUUCUACUUUCUAUGCCUAUCGCAGAACAUUCCUGUCAGCAAUCGUGCCUCGCCUAUGUCUCUCGGCCUUCAGCUUCUGUCAGCCAUUCCUCAUUACCGCCACAAUUGACUAUAUACAAAAUGACAAGACGUCAAAUAGCAAGAAUCGCGGUCAAGCCAUUGUAGGGGCAUACGUUCUGGUCUAUUUAGGCUGGGCUAUCUCCACCGCGGUGUAUUGGCGCCAAACCAAUCGGUUCAACACAAAGGUUCGCUCCGGUUUAAUUGCUAUGGUUUUCAAUCAGACAUCACGUCUCAAAGCCAGCGACAUCAACGAUUCCGCAGCGAUCACUCUCAUGGGAACCGAUGUAGAAAGGAUUGUACAGAGUCAGAAGACAAUCCACGAGACAUGGGCCUCGGUCCUUGAAGUGGGUAUCGCAAUCUGGUUACUAGAGCGGCAGCUUCUCAUCGCCUGUGUUGUUCCAGCGGUUAUUGCAAUAGUCUCGGUGUUGGCCAUUGGGCCAAUUUCUAACAGAUCAGGUCAGGCUCAAAAGCUAUGGGUUGAAUGCGUCCAAGCGAGAGUGACAGAGACAUCCAGUAUGCUACGAGAUAUCAAGCCCAUCAAGAUGCUCGGUCUAUCUCAGGUCAUGUUCCAGACUAUAUCCAACUUGCGGAAGAUCGAGCUGAAGACUUCUGAGCGCUUUCGGAAGUUGCUCAUAUGGGAAAUUGUCAUAUCUAAUGUGCCGACCGACUUUGCUCCGUUUGCCACCUUCGCCAUCUAUACUAUAAUCGCGGUCGCAACGCAUAAUAAGACACUGCUUUCCAGUCAGGCUUUUACAUCGCUUUCGCUGAUAUCCCUUGUGACCAGCCCACUCCUUACCUUUAUCCAGUCUGUUCCUGCUGUGCGGCAAGCGAUGGCUUGUUACCUCCGCAUUGAGGAAUACUGUGCAAAGCAGUCGGAGUUACUCGGCACGUGUACAGGGUCGCCCACACCUUCCUCUAUUCAUGUUGAGAUUGCAGUGGAGUUGCAAUCGCUCCAACCGAAAUCGGGAUCCGAGAACGUCCCAAUCUCCUUCGAGCGAGCUAACAUUGCAUGGUCCAAGUCCGGCGAAAACAAGCUUCACGACAUAACCCUGCGUGUCGGACCAGGGGUUACCAUGCUGACUGGGCCAGUGGGCUCCGGAAAAUCCACCUUGCUCUCUAGCCUACUAAGGGAAACGGUAGUAACAUCUGGAGACCUACGGAUUGCAGAUUCUCGACUGGCAUACUGUUCCCAAGUCCCUUGGAUUAUCGAUGAUACAGUUCGCCAAAACAUUAUCCUCGGGUCACGAUUCGAUCCCAAAUGGUAUGAGGUGGCUAUUUGGGCUUGUGGUCUCAAAGAAGAGCUGUCGAAUAUGCCGGAUGGAGAUCUGUACCGUGCAGGGACCGAUGGCCUUUCACUGAGUGGCGGUCAAAAGCAGCGAAUUGCACUGUGCCGUGCUAUCUACUCGAGGAAACGACUCGUGGUCCUGGACGACGUCUUCAGCGGUCUCGACCCGAAUAAUAACAGCAUGAUUGCUACACGCUUGUUUGGCCCAGGCGGAUAUUUUCGCAAAUACGGGAUGACUGUUCUCCUAGCAACUCAUACAGACCGCCUACUCCAAUAUGCAGAUGAGAUCGUCGUUCUCGAAGGAGGCAGAAUCGUGAAGAACGGGUCGUUCGAAAACGUGAUGCAACUCCAAAACCCCGCAAGCGCGGACAGGUCCCCAGUGAGCACUGUCGAUAUUCCUGAACACGAGGAGACCACGACUCAAGAGGAUGAGGUGAACGACACCGCUGCAAAGCCUUCAGUUCCAGACGCUUCGAGCCCUCUACGACGCGAAGGGACUUGGAUGGUGUACAAGUACUACUAUCAGAGUGCAGGGUUCAUUCCGUUUGCAACCUGUCUAGCUUUCGUUGUUGUGGAGGCAAUCAGUGGGGAUUUUAAAACUCUAUGGAUCAAGUGGUGGGUGGAGACCAAUGAAAGGAGUCCUAACAAAGACGUGGGUAUGUAUUUGGGGAUAUAUGCUCUGCUCUUCGUGAUACAGCUAGUAGGUACCGUGGGUGGAUUGUGGCUUCUGAUCAUGAACAUGAUCAACAACACUGCAUUAAAUCUCCAUACAGAUCUUCUGUCUGCGACACUCAGUGCGCCGUUCAAAGACACAGAAAUCGGUGCCUUAACCAACAGAUUCAGUCAAGAUAUGGAAUUGAUUGACAUGAUGCUACCGUUAGUGGCAUCUAUGUUCUUGACGGGAUUGGCAAGCUGCGUGGUCAAACUGGUCAUUCUCUGCAUCGUCAGCAAAUACCUAGCAGUUGCAGUCCCUGUGCUUCUGGCCAGUAUAGUGAUCCUCCAGAGAUAUUACCUUCGUACUUCUCGACAGGUGCGACUACUGGAUCUGGAAGCCAAGGCGUCUCUUUAUACGCAUUUCACGGAAGCAGUGCACGGAGUCACCACUCUCCGGGCUUUUGGGAUGGAACACUGGCUCCAGGAGAAGAUGCAUAUGCUCCUCAAUAAUUCACAAAGACCCUUUUAUAUGCUGUACUGCAUACAGCAAUGGCUGACACUUGUAAUGGGCUUGAUUGUUGCGGCUUCGGCAGUCAUUAUCGUUGCGAUGACAACCUCUUUGGCCGACCAGUAUAAUGGUGCAGCGGUCGGUGUCGCCCUUAGCUUGAUUCUCACCUUCAACAGCACGAUUUCGAGCACUCUCCGGUCAUGGACUAGUCUAGAGACCACCAUCGGGGCAGUUUCGCGAGUUCGUCGAUUUGUGCAAGACACUCCCCGUGAGGCAAAAAAUGACCCGGUGGGAGGUGUAGUCCCUCGAGCACUGGGUCAAUCCCAGUUCACGAUCGCAUUCGACAACGUAACAGCAGGAUACGGCCAAGCUAGCCCACCGGUCCUGAAGAAUCUGUCGCUCACUAUUCGCCAUGGUGAAAAGGUAGCCAUCUGCGGAGCAUCAGGUAGUGGGAAGUCAUCUAUAAUAAUGUCGCUUCUUCGUAUGAGCGAGAUCCAAUCCGGAAAAAUAGCGAUCGGCGGCUGCGACAUAUCGGAGCUCGAGAGACAAGCUAUUCACUCUGCUAUCAACGUUAUCCCGCAAGACCCGUUUCUGCUCUCCGGCACUGUUCGCUUCAAUCUGGAUCCGUUUGGAAUGGCCACGGAUGAACGCAUCACUUCUGGGCUCCAGAAGGUAGAUCUGUGGAGUCGAAUCAGCACCGACGGGGGGCUAGACAUGGACAUGUCCAGCAUCUCAACCUGGUCAGUGGGCGAAAGACAAUUGUUUGCGCUCGCCCGGGCGCUUGUGGUCCCGCGGCCCAUCCUCAUCCUCGACGAGGCCACUAGUAGCGUCGACCGAGAGACAGAAGCAUUUAUGCAAGAAAUUAUCGAGCAGAAUUUUCGCCACCAAACCGUGAUUGCUGUCAUUCAUCGCUUCGCUCACAUUGAUCGGUUCGAUCGGGUAGCGUUCCUCGAGGAUGGGGAGAUGCUUGAAUGCGACGCGCCGCAGGCAUUGCUGGGACGGGAUUGCAAUUUCCGGCAGCUAUACCGAGCCUGGGAGAGAGCAUAG